AUGCUGUUAUCUAUCUAUCUAUCUAUCUAUCUAUCUAUCUAUCUAUCUAUCUAUCUAUCUGUUUUUCUUUUUCUUUCUUUCUUUUCUUUCUUUCUUUCUUCAUUAUCUUUUCGUUUUUUACUUCAUUUCCUUUCUUUCUUGCUUAGUUUUCUGUUUCUCCGUAUUCUUUCUUUCUUUCUUUCUUUCUUUCUUUCUUUCAAAUUUUUUUUGUUCUUCUUUUCUUUCGUUCUUUUCUCCAUUUUCUUUCUUUCUUUUGUUGUCUUCUUUUCUUUCUUUCCUUCUUUCUUCAUUGCCUUUUCUUUCUUUUCAUCAUUUAUUUUCUUUUUUCUUUCAUUCGUUCUUUUUCUUUUCUUUGUUCCUUUAUUAAUUCUCUUUUUUCUUCAUUUUCUUUCUUUCUUUCUUUCUUUCUUCAUUUUCUCUCUCUCUCUUCAUUUUCUUUCUUUUGAUUAUGCAGUGGAGAAUUGUCGGUCUGCGAUGAAAAUAGCCAAAGAAGAAUUUGGAGUGCCAAUGGUGGUUUCAGCGGACGAUUUUGCCAGCAAUGAACUUGAUGACCUCUCCGGUAUGACGUACCUUUCUUACUUUUUGAAGACGUCUUCUCCGGGUUAUAGUCAUAUACUCAACUGGGCCAAAUCUAUUUUGAAAGACGACUCAAUCAGUAAUCUAACAACAGACUGGAAUGAUGGAAUUCGGAUAUGUACGCUUGCGUAUAUGAUGGGCGCCUCGAUCCCAGAAUGGUCUAAUCUUAAUGCGAUCAAUCGAGAAGAGAACUGCCAAAAAGGUCAUUAUUAUUAUUAUUAUUAUACAUUGUAUUUCUUUCUAUUUUCUUUAACUCGCUACUUACCCUCCAAUGGAUCGAGUACAUUCAUCAUGAAAGACAUUACUUACUCUCACAGUUUUCUUCAAAGGAAAAUUUUUGUAAAACAAUCUACAAACCUUUCCAUAACAUAUCUAUCUAUCUAUCUAUCUAUCUAUCUAUCUAUCUAUCUAUCUAUUUCAUUUUGUUCUUUUAAUCUAUCUAUCUAUCUAUCUAUCUAUUUCAUUUUACUUUUCAUAUCUAUCUUUAUCUGUUUGCUCCUAUCUAUCUAUCUAUCUAUCUAUCUAUCUAUCUAUCUAUCUAUCUAUCUAUCACAUCUCUACAUGAGUUUGUUGCUAUCUAUCUAUCUAUCUAUCUAUCUAUCUUCCUCAUCAGUUCAUAUCUAUCUAUCUAUCUAUCAAAAUCUGUUCAUAUCCAUGUAUUUCACUCACUUCAUAUCUAUCCUCAUCAAUUUGGUCAUAUCUAUCUAUCUAUCUAUCUAUCUAUCUAUCUAUCUAUCUAUCUAUCUAUCCUCAUCAAUUUGUUCAUAUCUAUCUAUCUAUCUAUCUAUCUAUCUAUCUAUCUAUCUAUCACAGUCUGCUCAUUUACAUCUGUUUCAGUUUCUCUAUGAGUAUCUAUCUAUCUAUCUAUCUAUCUAUCUAUCUAUCUAUCUAUCACAGUCUGCUCAUUUACAUCUGUUUCAGUCUCUCUAUGAGUAUCUAUCUAUCUAUCUAUCUAUCUAUCUAUCUAUCUAUCUAUCUAUCACUGUUGACGCAGUAAAAGAGCUCAAUGUCUUUUGUCCCCUGUCCGCAAAAGAAAUGGCCAGUCCCAAUAUUGACCAUUUGUCGAUUAUGUCCCUUCUCUCCAGUUUCCUUUCUAUCUAUCUAUCUAUCUAUCUAUCUAUCUAUCUAUCUAUCUAUCUAUCUAUCUAUCUAUCACAGUCUGUUCAUUUACAUCUAUUUCAAACUCUACAUGAGUUUCUAUCUAUCUAUCUAUCUAUCUAUCUAUCUAUCUAUCUAUCUAUCUAUCUAUCUAUCUAUCUAUCUUCCUCAGUCUAUUGA